CAGGCUUCUGACCCCCACUGAGCUGGCACACUCUGGGAAAAAGAGUUCCAGUGAGAAGAGAGCAGCACUUCUGCGUUUACCUUUGCCUUUCUUCGACUUCUAAAAUGCUGACAUUGUUUAUUGUUAGAGUUCUCUAAAAAACGUUUUUUUUGGGGGAUCAGACUUCCUGAUAUAAUCUGAAAUCUGCACUUUUAUCUGGCAACCCCUCAAAAAGUUUAGUCUUCUUUAUUUUCAGGCAUUUCAAAGAAUAAACCAAAAUGGGCAAAGUACUGCAAACGGUUUCGGCAUCAUGAGGAGAGUAAGUGUCUCGCUGGAGAAAAAAGACAUACCCAGGAGGAAUGACAUCGCGGGAAGAAGUUGUAUUCAGACGGGAUAUACAAACAUCGGGAGGAGGAGGAGGAGGAGGAGGAGGAGGAGGAGGAGGAGAGGAUUUCCAAAGAUGGAGGAUGCAGGAGAAGAGGCGGUACGGGAUAGGAGGAGCGGAAGGACAUAAGAUGGCGUGAGGACCGAAGCCAGUGGUUGGUUUGAUCUGAGCCACGUGUGCGUCCAGCCACGUCUCUUCGCCGCUUCACGGAUGUCGACGAAACGUUUGCUUCCUCUGAUGGCCGGGCUCUUCGGUUCUGGACCAGGCUGCUCACUUUCAGCAGGUUCGCAGCUCAGCAACUGAUGUCAGGAACUAAAUGAGCCAAAUCAUUGCAUCAAGCAAAGUACAACAACAUCGGCUGACAAUGUCACUCUGCUUAAGGAUGCGCUUCAAUGAGGGAUUCGGGCAGGGGAAUGAGCACUUCCUCCUGAAAAAAUGGCAUCCAUGAAAUCUGCACCGUCUCCCUCGCUAUCACUGGCCAUGAGUGUGUCGGGAAGCUGAUAGCAUGUGAUCGACAGCACCGAGGGACCCAGCAUCCUGCUGCUAUACCACCUCAAUUAAACCUAGCCGUCCGUCUUUGCCGGGGAAAAUGGCAGAUGCCGGUUUGCGGAUCCGGACGGCGGCCGAGUUCCAGCCUGCGGAUUUUCUGACAUCAUCGAUCGCAUCACUCAAUCUGGAGGACGACAAGACCAACCAAACAGCAGAUGAGGCCGGACCCAAUUCUGCAAGUCCUGCCAUAACGUCAUCGCCAUCCAGCCAAUCACAACAAGAGACUGGGAUAUGUUCGGCUUCGUGCUCUUAUCCGUCACCAGCGGCUCAAGUGUUCUCGGAGCCAAGGAUGAACGGGAAUGACAGCGAGGCUCAGUCUCCGACGGCUUUUCUGCAGGACCUUCCCACCACGGUGGAUGCUAAUAACGAUGCUUUUCAAGACUUGGGAGACGUCCCCAAGGAAGACGGGAUCCAACCCAAUAACAUCAACCCCAAAGCAAUGGCCGCGUGCGAUUCCUGCUCUGAGCAAAAGCAGCUGGCUGAUGCAGAGUGGUACUGGGGCAACAUCUCAAGAGAUGAAGUGAAUGGAAUGAUGAGAAACACACCCGAUGGCACAUUCUUGGUCCGUGACGCUUCCAGCAAGCUCAAGGGAGAAUAUACACUAACAUUGAGGAAAAAUGGCUCCAACAGACUGAUAAAGAUCUUUCAUCACGGAGGGAGGUAUGGCUUCUCCGAGCCGUUGACCUUCCCUUCUGUAGUGGACCUUAUACAGUAUUACCAGAACAAGUCACUGGCCCAGUACAAUUCCAAACUGGACACGCGCCUGUUGUUUCCCAUCUCUAAAUAUCUGCAGCAGGCUGUGAUGGAGCUCGACAUGGAUGCAGUUGGAGAACGGCUCAAGGUAUUUCAGGACCAAUACGAAGAGAAGAGCAAAGAGUACGACCGUCUCUAUAAGGAGCUGAACCAAAUAUCACAGGAACUACAGACGAAAAAGAUGGCCAUUGAGGCAUUCAGCGAAAUCAUUCGCAUUUUCGAGGAGGAGUGCGAAACGCAGGAUCGGUACAGCAAGGAAUACAUCGACAUGUUCCUCAAAUUAGACAACAACACGGAGGCUGACAAGAUGCAGAGCAACCCUGAUGAGCUGCAGUCGAGAGUGGAGGAAAUAUAUAACAGCAAAAUGAAGAUGGAGGAGGAAUUAAGGAGGAAAGUGCUGGCCCACACGGAGGUCGACAGGAAAAUUAACCACAUGAAGCCAGACCUUAUGCACCUCCGGAGGAUAAGAGAUCAAUAUUUGUUCUGGCUCUCUCAGCAAGGAACCAGGCAGAGCCAGAUUGAUGACUGGCUUGGUGUACGGAAUGAAGAAGACCCGUACACGCUAGCCGAUGACACGCACCAUGAGGAGAGGACUUGGUAUGUUGGAAGUAUGACUCGGAGAAAGGCGGAGGAGCUUUUGGAAGGUAAACGAGAUGGGACCUUCCUCAUCAGAGAUAGCCAAAGUCAAAAAGGAUCCUUUGCCUGCUCUGUUGUUGCGGACGGGCAUGUGAAGCACUGUGUGAUCAACAGGACAUCCACAGGCUACGGCUUUGCUGAGCCCUACAACCUGUACUCCUCACUCAGAGAGCUGGUCCUCCACUAUCAGCACACAUCCCUGAUCCAACACAACCAGCAGCUGAAUGUAACCCUGGCCUGGCCUGCUCUCAGCCAGCAGCCCAGCUGAGAAACCACCAGCAUGUCACACUGAUAGCACUUUCUCAAUGCUUCACUGUUUGAGCGUGUGUGCGUGCGCGCACGCACACACACACACACAAACACACACACACACGCACACGCACACACACAC